AUGACUAUUUUAAAGUUAUUAUUAGCCUUACUUUUAGUAAGCUAAAUAUUUGCUGCUGGUGCUGAUGUUAGUUGUUAAGGUCCAUAAUGCUCAAGUGAUUGCACAGCUGCUCCUACUACUCCUACUGGCUUGUCCUGGUAGUAAGGUAGUGUAGGUUUUUCUUGUGCUAUUAAUAGCUGUCCUGCAAAUACUUCAUCAGGACUCGUUGGUGCUUCUGAUAACUUCUGUAGAUCUUGUCCUGGAACUCCUAACGGCUAAGUUCAAGCUGUCUUUGCUAAUACUGCAAAAACUGCUUGUGUAGCUUCAAGUCUAAAUUGUGAUAGAUCUGUUUAAUGGACUAAUGCAGAUUGCCUUAUAUGUAAUGGAACUGGUAACAUAUAUGCUAGGGUUGAUAAAUCUGGUUGCUAAUCAACUGCUCCACCUGGUGCUGAUGUUAGUUGCUCUACUGCAACAUGCUCAAGUUGCACAGCUGCUCCAAGUGCUCCUGGUACCUUGACCUGGUAGACUGGUUCAGUAUCUGGAAAAUGUGCUAUUAAUGGUUGUCCUGCAAGUACUUCAUCAGGACUUACUGGUGCUUCUGAUCUCUUCUGUCAAUCUUGCCCUGGAAUUCCUAUCGGCAAAGUUCAAGCUGUCUUUGCUAAUAAUGCAUUAACUGGUUGUGUAGCUUCAACUGCAACUUGUGGUACUGGUAGAGGUAAUAAUACAUGGACUGAUGCUGAUUGUAUUGCCUGUUAUGGAUCUACCGCCUCAUACGCUAAAUCUGAUAAAUCUGGUUGCUAAGCAACAACUCCUUCUUCUUCUUCUACAAACUCAAUGAUAAUUUUGAGCUCAGUUUUAUUUUUAAUUUCAUUCCUUUUCUGA